AUGAGUGCGAUGAGUGCGAAAUCUCUCGCUGGUGUUCUUCGUGGAGUCGCUGCUUUUCUUUUCUUUUACGCCCUUCUCCCGCUUCGGUUCAUACUCGCCUUUUUGAAUCGUUCAGUUACGCCUAUGUGGUGCAAACUCCGCUCUUCCGGAGGCGUGGAGAGGGCAGUGGAAGGAUUAAUCGAAGUUAGGGCCCAUCUUCGACCUCACCUCUUCUGCCUUGUUUCACACUCCUGUCGCAUCGCCGUCGGUGAGAGUGAAGGGAAGCAGGAGCAGGAGCAGGAGCAGGAGGAGGAGGAGGAGGAGGACAACAUGGAGAUGUUGGCGAUAGUAGGUGGGAAGCUGCUGCGGAGCGCGGCGGAAAGAGAGCGAGCCAAUGAUGCGAUGAGUGCCAUCGUCUCGACGUGUCGCCUGCAUAGCCUUAACACCACCACCACCGAAUAA